AUUGCCCACCCCUGAGCUAGGUAAAACUACCCCAUGAUCCCCCUGCAUUAGAGCUCUAAUCAGUCUAAAGCAGGUGGCAAAGCUGCUCCCUGCUGUACAGCCCUUUCUGGGCCAGUGCCCCCUGUGCUCCACUCAGGAACAAGGAGGGGUGAAACUCUCUCAUCCACUUCUGUUUCCAAGAAGAACGUAGGGGGUGCUGGAUAAGGAAGGGCUACACAGCAGGAGCUAGCUGCUGCCUGUUUUAGGCUGAUCAGAGAGCCCUAAUGCAGGAGUACACGUGUAACUGCCCUUCUCAGGCUGGCUGUGUAGCAGGUACUGGGGGCAGUUUCAUCUGGAGCAGCAGAAUCCAGCUGAGAAGCCCUGAGGUAAGAUGAAGUAACACCAACAGUGGUUCUCACUCAGGGCUGUUGCCACAUUCAAAAAAGUGGACAUAUGAUGAUGCAACUCUGCAAAGGUUGAGAACCACGGGCCUAAAUGUAGAAACAGAUAAAAGAAAAAUUGGAAAUUAAGAAUGAAGAAUGAAAUGGUGGUGUAAUCCAAAAUACAACAGAAAAUAAGCUUUAAAGUGAUAGAAAAGCACAAAGAGGAUGUAAAUUGAAAAAUCUUACUAGCAUUGAGUUACCUGCUCAGCAAACUUGGAUUAUGGCCAGCCAUGUUAAUAAUAUGCACCUUUGUCAGAUGCAGAUUGUCUCAGCAGUAAACUUACUUUAGGACCUUAUUUUGAUUACUAAUUACUUCAUUUUUUAAAAUAUAUCCUUUUUUAUUUCACGUUGCAAACUCUAGGAGAGUUUGUCUGAGAUCAUCUUCCCACCCAGUAGGAAUGAUCUUGUGGUUAGUUUGCAGAAAUGAGACUUGGGAGACCGUUGUUCACUACCUGCUCCGCUUCCUGUGUGGCCUUCGAUAAAUCACUCAGGCCCAAAUCCUCAAAAGUAUUAGAUUCUUAAGAAGUAGAUAAAUGGGCAUGAUUUUUCUUUUGGUGUAAAACGGUUCCAUGUCUUGUUUGGAUUGUUCCUGUAUUCUGCGUACGAGAGUUGAAUCAGUCAGACCAGAGAAACAGUCUGAAAGCAACAUCCAUCAGUAUUUGGCAGAUGAACCUGACCUACUCUGGAUUCCUCCAUCUCCAGGAGGGCAUGAAAUCACAUUUUGCUCUUCCAAUGUCUCUCAUUAUGAACUCCAAGUGGAAAUAGGAAGAGGAUUCAACAACUUAACUUCAGUCUACCUUGCACGACAUAUGCCUACAGGAUCUCAAGUUGCUGUAAGGAUCACAGACCUAGAACGCUGCUCUGAAGACCAUUUAAAAGCUUUACAGAAUGAGGUGGUGCUAUCCCACUUUUUCCAGCACCCCAAUGUAAUGACACUUUGGACAGUGUUUACUGCUGGAAGCUUGCUUUGGGUCAUCUCUCCAUUCAUGGCCUAUAGUUCUGCUAGUCACCUAUUGAAGAAUUAUUUUCCUCAAGGAAUGAGUGAAGCUUUGAUAAGAAACAUUCUGUUUGGUGCUGUUAGAGGGUUAAAUUACAUGCACCAAAAUGGCUUCAUUCACAGGAAUAUUAAAGCUAGCCACAUUCUGAUUUCAGAGGAUGGUCUGGUUUCUCUUUCUGGUUUAAACAACCUCUACAGUUUAGUUAACAGUGGACAGAGGUCAAAGAUUGUAUAUGAUUUCCCUCAGUUUAAUACAUCAGUGCUUCCUUGGCUGAGUCCUGAACUGCUGAGACAGGAUUUAUAUGGGUAUAAUGUGAAGUCUGACAUUUACAGCGUGGGGAUUACAGCAUGUGAAUUAGCCAAUGGACAUGUUCCAUUUCAGGAUAUGCCUUGCACACAGAUGCUGCUGCAAAAGCUGAAAGGUUCCUCUUAUUGCUCUUGGGAUAUAAAUACCUUCCCCCAUGGGGAAUCCAGGAUGAAGAAUUCCCGAUCAUGCAUUGAUUCUGGAAUUGGUGAAAGCAUGACGCACACAAUGACUAGUGAGAGACUGCAUGUUCCAUUCUCAAAAACAUUUUCCCCUGCUUUCCACAAUUUGGUAGAACUCUGUUUGCAACAGGACCCUGAAAAAAGGCCAUCAGCAAGCAGUUUGCUGUCUCACACUUUCUUCAAACAGGUAAAAGAACAAACAAAGAGUUCAUUACUUUCACUGUUGCCACCUCCUGCCCAAUACAAUAAAGCACAGUUCCUGGCACUGCCCUCAACAGAAGUUGGGACUGAGCCUGGAUGCAUUUCCCAAAAUGAGAGAGUCGCGGAGUGGGAAUUCUAAAAUGAUGCCAAACUGUCAUACCUCCUUCAUACUUCAAAGAAAGAAAAUGUGAUUUUGACUUGCUGCUUUUCUCUGUAUUGAUUUAAAUACAAACAGCAGACAUACUUGAACACACAACUGUGGUAAAGAGACAAAUUGACCU